CCUUGUUUCAUUGAACUGCAUGGAGUUUGCACUUUGGCCGAGCGGAAGACGUAUUUGACUGGCUUCAAAAAACAGAUUGCAUUUCAAGGUUAGAGCUGGUGACAAAUCGAAACAUGGGGAUUUGCGGUUCCCGUGCCAGGCCUACCAACUAUGCGUACGUCACUAGCAGGGAUAGUUACGAAGGGGAGGCACAAGAGAGAAAUGUUCCACGACUGGAUGAUAAGCCAACGCAACAAGGACAGAAUGAAGGAGGAGAAAAUAACCACAAUGAACGCGAACAACAAGCAGGGAAAGAAAUAGACCAAGGGGAGGCGAGAAGGAGAGAGGAAGAGUUAAAAAAGUUGCAGCUUGAGGGCAACCUUUACCGAAAAAAAUUGGUUGGUUAUAAAUUCGGAGUGAACACUGGACAAAAUAAGAACCUGUUUACCAAUAUCACCCAAUUAAGGAUCGGGGUAUUUGGCCCCACGGCUUCGGGAAAGACCAGCUUCGUCAACACGUGCGAGAGAGCUUUAAGGGAAACCGAAGAAGGACAUGCGUUAGAAAGUACUCCCGGAGAUGAGUGGACCACUAGACCCCAGGACUAUCUGCCAGAAAUGUUCUUCCACUUGGUUGACACAAUAGGUUUCUCCAAUUUUGAUUUUAAUGAAUCUGCUGAGUUUAAGAACAUCUUGAAUGGAAAAAUACAACCUGGUGAUGCUAUCGCCCAUCCUUCUGAUCGACAGAUCUAUCUACAGAAGUUAACGAGAUUCCCAUUGUUUGAGAAACGAGUUCAUGGAGUCAUUAUUGUUGUUAAGGCAAAUGACCCUCGGCUAACUAAUGGAGAAUUUAAAGAAUACCUGCAGCCAGUUAGAGAUAUACUUCGAAAUAGAGGAAUGACACCUACCACAGUCGUCACGCAUUGUGACACACUGCAGACAGAAGAGAAUAGUAUGACCGCCCUCAACGAAGCUUCAGAAGCUGUAGGAAGUUCUCCCAGUAGCACAUACUUGAUCAGGAACUAUACCAAAGAAAACAGGACACGUGACCUUGAAAUUGAGCUUAUGGCACUUAAGAUUCUGCACAGUGCAGUGAUAGGAGCUGAGAGGGCAGUCGCAAAGAUCGUAACAGGGACAGUACCUCGAGAGAUUCUUCAACGCGCACCGAUGGCGUUUGAAGCUCACGAUAAAGCCCACAGUGAGGGAUCCACUGUCGUUAAAAGAGUUCCCAUCAUAUUCAUUGGACAGCACCGUUCUGGAAAAACUAGCGUUAAGAACUCACUCAGGGGCCAACCUUUCAAGGUAAAUGAAGAUAGCAUUGCUGGGAAAGAUGAAAAUUCCUCUUCGUUCAAAAUGUCUCGUGAGAUUUGGAAGGUGGGAGAGAAGGACAAAGACGCUAAUUAUGAUUCAGCAUUCUCUUUUGAGCAUCAUCUUGCGCGAUCCACCGUUCAAUAUUUGAGAUACAGAACAAUUGAAUUGGAGCCACGUGGAGCCAUUUCCUCAGAAAGCUCAAACCCAAAACACAUCAGCAACAGCCCAGAAUCUAAAUUUACUGCUUCUGAUGUGACUCACACAGAAAUUCAUGACCCUGAUAUGACAACCGAGAUGCCGAAAGAUCAUCAGCCCGGUGAAAAGCCGGAAUCUUCAGAGAAUUUCACAAAUACGGCACAUGGUGUCAGCGACGAUUCAAAGUCAGAAGAAUUUCUACGCUCCUUGACGGAAGUUUUGCUGCAAAUGGAAGUGGAGGAAGAAGACUUAUAUUCUAUGCUGUGGGACUUUAAUGGAGAGUCAAUUAACCAUACAACAUAUCCAGUUUUUCUGACUCACAAAGCAGUCUACAUAUUGGUUUACGAUCUUAGCCAGAAUGCAACAGCGAUCGCCAAACCCGUCAUAAAGCAAGGGCGGUACAGAGAGAGAGAAGACAGCCACUUCUCAAAAACAAAUUUAGAUUACCUCAAGUUUUGGAUGUCUUCUGUUGCCUCCUCAGCCAGCCAACAUGUAAAUAAUCCAUCAAAUUCUAUAUCAGAAGUACUACCGGAAAAGCUACCCCCAGUACUCUUGGUGUUCACUCAUGCAGACACGCUUGGGGACGAUGUUGACGCUAGAAAAAUUGUAAGAGACGUUUAUGGGUCCUUAAAGCAGACGCCGAGUGGAGUCCACUUGUACAAAGAUUUCUUUGUCGUUGAUACUACAAAAUCUGGUCAAGAGUUUGAGUGUUCGGAGAUCGUGCGCUUGCGAAAGGAGGUACUUGCUGUAUGCAGUGAAUUGCCACAGCUGAGAGAAACUAUUCCAAUCCAGUCGUUAAUAUUCGAAAAAGCAAUCCAGAAGAAGAAAGAAGAGGGUCAUAAAUUUGUUUCCCUCGAGGAUGCCAGACUACUUGCGUUCGAAGAAUGUAACAUUAGUGACGAAAAACAGUUCCAGAGAGCAAUCAACUUUUUGCAUGACCAAAGAAUUUUAAUUCACUUUGAUGAGACUCCGGAGCUAAAUAGAUUAGUUAUCUUGGAUUUUGAGUGGUUACUCAACGUGUUCAAGGGAGUAAUGUCAGUCAAGUUAUAUGAAGGGUCAGAGAACAUUUUUGAACAUCUAUGGCGAAAGCUUGAGACGGAAGGAAUCCUGGAGGAAAAUCUCCUAGAAUAUGUCUGGGGCCCACUGCAUGACAAGCAAAACACUUACGAGAGUCUUCUCGCAAUUAUGGAGAAGUUCAGCUUGAUUUGCCCUUUGCCCUCGCUUGAUCAUUCUUGUGGUAAGAUGUAUCUUGUGCCAUCCAUGUUAAUGUCUUAUCCCACAGAGGGUAUUACAAGUCUUGUUGCAGCUGCACGAAUUCCUCCUAUUUUUCUCACAUUUGAGUCUGGUCAAGUUCCCUCUGGUUUGUUUCUCCGAAUUGCCUUCCAAUUGGUUCAGUGGAACAGAAAAAACAAUCCAAACUCAGCAAACUUCAACUUUUAUAGUAAUUAUGCCAGAUUCUAUCCAUCAGUAAAGGAGAAAUGCUCUGUGAUCCUCCGGUGUUAUUCGUCUUACAUUGAAGUUGUUGUACAUGGAAAUAAUCGCAAUCAUGAGUCCGAGGAUGGUUCACGCUCAGAGUUGGAUUUGCGGGGACAGGAGUCCUUAGAUGAAAAUUGUGCUCGAGCAGUGCGCAGGCAGCUGGAUGUGAUAGUUAAUUCCAUGCAUUCCAAGUUCUUCUGGCCGAAGAACACGACGUGCAGAGUUAGCUUCAUGUGCCCAAUUUGUUGCCAGAACGGUGGAAUAGUUGAACGAUGUAAAUUUCACCUUGAACAAGGUUGCAAGCAAGAGGAGUGCUUGCAUUUUUUGUCUGAGUCUGAAAUUUGUAGUGCAGACAUCAUUUAUUGUACCAGGAAUGCUGUGGCACAGGAAAUAAGAGUUCGAAAAGAGCAGUUUGAGCCCUGGAUUAAGACCAUAUCACAACAGGAAACAAGUGAAGAACCAGUUGAGGCACAAGUUUCUUUAGAACAAGAAGGAGAAGAAAUAGUUCCCCAAGACCUUCCUCCUGAGAUUCAAGACUUCCUUGCAUUACCGUUACGUGAUACCCGGGGCGUAUGUUUUAAAGAUCUUCAUGAACUCAAAGCAAUUUUGAAGACGGACCCAGCUUUCCCUAGACGUUCAGACCCAAAGACAAAGAAAAGGAUCCGUUCGCUAGCAAGGGAGUCUGUAGCGAAAAAGCGGCACGACGUGUUUAAACAUCUAAGAAAAAUUACACCAGCUGGAUCUACUGGUCCUUCUAUGCCUGAAAACACCGACGUUCGUAACAUUUCUUAUCGUCGGAAGAAGAGGCUUACAGAAGCACUGAGUGGUGGACAAGACUGGAAGUUGCUGGCCGAAAAACUUGGUUUACGCGCUGAUGAAAUUCGAUUUUUAGACUUCCGCCUUAAAGAUCCUUGUGAAGGGGCCUUAAACAGAGUUGCUGCCCAGGGUUCCCUUAAUGUUAGUGAUCUGUACAACUACUUAGUCGAGCUUGGUUAUCCUCUAAUAGCUGACGAACUGUAAAGCAAAGAUACUUAUCGUACAUCUCAAUAUCUUAGACUUAAUGUGUGUUUUUACAUUCUGCUGAAACAAUUUUCUAACAUUUUAAGAAUGUCCGUGUAAAACGUAUUCGGCAAAGUUCUCGUUUUAGAUUAAGCCUUUGAAAACAUUCGCUGUAUAUCUUUUGCCGAGGCACUCAUAACCUGCGAUGAUGCUCUCCUUGGUAGCGUGGAGGGGAUUCAGUAGUUUGUCAGCAUAAGAUCACAGCCGUUUGUUUGCAAACGCGAUGUUCUUUUAAGUCAUUCUUCAUGUACCUAAAGCGAUAUGUGAUGCAUAAUUAAACUAGACGCUGAAAGCGUUAAUUUGAGCCUGAUCGAGGAGUAUAUAAGGAAUGAGGGGCGAGUUAUUUCCGAUUAAAAUGUAUUUCUAAUUUAGUUCACUAUA